GUGCACCGCAAGGCGGUUGGGGAGAGCGCGGCAAGAUGGCGGACGUGCUGGACCUACACGAGCCGAGCGGCGAGGACUUCGCCAUGGACGAGGACGGCGACGAGAGCAUCCAUAAGCUGAAGGAGAAGGCCAAGAAGCGGAAGGGCCGCGGCUUCGGCUCAGAGGAAGGGUCGCGGGCCCGGGUGCGGGAGGACUACGACAGCGUGGAGCAGGACGGCGAUGAGCCCGGGCCGCAGAGGUCGGUGGAGGGUUGGAUCCUUUUUGUCACCGGCGUCCACGAGGAGGCGACGGAGGAGGACAUCCACGACAAAUUCGCUGAGUACGGAGAGAUCAAAAACAUCCACCUGAACCUGGACAGGAGGACCGGCUACCUGAAGGGAUACACGCUGGUGGAGUACGAGACGUACAAAGAGGCGCAGGCGGCCAUGGAGGGGCUGAACGGGCAGGAGCUGAUGGGGCAGCCGGUCAGCGUGGAUUGGUGCUUCGUCAGAGGGCCCCCGAAGGGAAAGAGGAGGGGUGGGCGCCGGCGCAGCAGGAGUCCGGACAGGAGGCGCCGGUGAUGGAGCCCACGUGGCAGCAGUUGGAAGCCGGGGGGAUUGGGGGGGGAUGGGGGGGGGUUGGGGU